AUGAGGGCGUUCACCGCCUUCUCCCCAGCGGGCGCUCGCACCGCGAAGCAGCAGCUUGGCUCCUUCCGGCCAGUGCAGGGCAGCAGCAGCCGCCGCACCGUCGUGGUGCAGGCCCGGCAGGCAGAGGCGGGCGUGGGCAUCUUCGGCACCAAGGCCGGCAUGAUGACCUACUUCACCGAGGCGGGUCUGGCGGUGCCGGCCACGGUGAUCUCGCUGGAGAGCGGCAACUACGUGACGGCGGUCAAGACCCCCGAGACUGACGGCUACGCCGCGGUCCAGGGCGAAACGGACGCAGCGGCGCGGCUGGCGUCCGCUGGCCCCCACGCAGCCCUCGGCCGCCGAGCGGCAGCGGCGGCGGCGGCGAGCACGCAAGCCCUAGGCGCGUCACGCUGCCGCGCGCUCCCGACGGCCGCGGCGCAUGGCAUCGACCACCACGCACCCACGCGCAUGCAUGCGCAGGUUGGCUACAAGGUGGUUGCCGAGCGCAAGGUGCGCAAGCCCGAGCUGGGCCACCUGGCGAAGGCCGGCUGCAAGCCCCUGAAGCACCUGCGGGAGUUCAAGCUCAAGGAUGCGUCCAAGGUUGCUGAGUACACCCCGGGGCAGGAGCUGGACGUCAACGCCAUCAUCAAGGUCAGCGACCACAUUGACAUCGCCGGCACAACCAUCGGCAAGGGCUUCCAGGGCACCAUCAAGAGGUGGGGCCACCGCCGCGGCCUGAUGACCCACGGCUCCAAGUCCCACCGCGAGCACGGCUCCACCGGCCCCGGCUCCACCCCCGGCCGCACCUUCCCCGGCCUCAAGAGCGCCGGCCACAUGGGCAACGUGCGGCGGAAGGUCCGGGCCCUCGAGGUCCUGCUGGUGGACACUGAGCGCGGCGCCCUGGUCGUCAAGGGCAGCGUGCCCGGCAAGCGCGGCAACAUCCUGGAGAUUGCCCCCGCCAAGAUCGUCGGCAAGAACUGCUGA